ACUAGCAUAUUUUUUGAACCUCCAAUCCACUAUAGUGCUAGCUUCUUUUUCCUUUUCUCGGCAAUAAUAGAAUCGAAUCGAACCCUAUUUUGGAUUGAGAUCUCAAACCCUAAUUUUGGAACCUUCACUCGCUCAAACAAGCUUCACUUAAUUGUUGUAGAGAAAUGGCGCACGUUAGCGAUGAGGACAACCCAAACGACAUCGUUCUUACUUCUCUGUCACUAACGGCAGAAACAACCACCGGAACAACCCAGCUUCCUACUCUUCCGUUUGAUGUCCUGCCUGAGAUUCUGUGUAGGCUUCCGGUGAAAUUACUCGUACAGCUUCGAUGUCUCUGUAAGUUCUUUAAUUCUGUUAUCUCUGAUCCAAAAUUCGCAAAGAAGCACCUUCAAUUGUCAACAAAGCGCCACCACCUCAUGGUAACAUCUAUUCAACCACCUCACCCUGCUAAGAAACAUUAUGAUUCCCUACUUCUCUCGGUUUUUUCUACUUCUACAGUUAUUGCACAGACACAACUUUACCCUUCUUUUAGUACUCUCACAGAUGGAUAUAAAUUUGUAGACUUAACGUGCUGUUGCGAUGGCAUCUUUUGCUGUUAUCUCGAAAAUGAUUCUUAUUUUUUGUGGAACCCUUCCAUUAACAAAGUUAAGUUAUUGCCUCCUUUGGAAAAUCCAGCCGAAGAUGAUCCUAUGUUGGUAAGCUUCGGAUAUGAUCAUUUCAUUGAUAAUUAUAAGGUCGUUGCUGUUUCUGUAAAAAAAAAAGUUAGUGUUUAUACUUUGGGAACUGAUUAUUGGAAACAAAUAGAUGGCAUUCCAUAUGAUUGCCACAUCUUUGGAUUCGGAAUAUUUGUGAGUGACACUGUUAAUUGGUUUGCAAAAGAUGAUUCAGAUAUAGAUUUCUUUGCACAAGAUGAUCCAGGGAUAGAUUUCAUUCUUUCUCUUGAUUUAGAGAAAGAGUCAUAUCAGCAACUUUUCCUACCUAAUUAUGAGAAUGAAAAUGUUCAGUGGAUUUUGGAUAUGGUGAGGGAUUGCUUGUGUGUCUUUGCCAGUAGUGAUAUAUAUUGGGAUGUUUGGAUCAUGAAGGACUACGGAAAUAAAGAGUCUUGGACUAAAUUGUACACUAUUCCUAACCUGAAAGAUCGUGGUUUAGAAGCCGAUUCUCUUUUAUAUAUUUCAGAGGAUGACCAACUGUUGGUGGAGUGUUAUAACGAGUUGGUUGUUUAUGAUCCCAAAACUGGUACUUUAAAUAUCCCUGAGUUUCAAAACAACUAUAAACUGAUAGACUCAAAUGUCUACAUUGAGAGUUUGAUAUCGCCCUAAGCUGGGAUUCAACGGCAACAUAUAUAUGGUUGGCUGUGUUUGUUUGUUUCAAUAGAAUAGUUAUUCACAAUCAGAAUUGCUCGGGUUCUUUUUGUGGUCUGGAGCUGCUGAAGAUGGGGUGAAAAGGGUAAUAGUUCUAGGGUUAUUUAACUUCUGAAGUUCUGUUUGAUUAUUUCUUUUAGUGACUUUAUUAUUGUACGAUGUUUGGCUUGAUAGAACAUGGAUAUGUUGUGUGAUUGUGAAACAUAGUGAAAUGGAUAAUUGAGGGUUCUUCAAUUGCAAAAUGCAUUUGGAUGUUGUA